AAAGCAAAUGGCCGACUGAUUGUUGAAAUCGACGUUCUCGAAUUCCUAAAAAGAAUCCGAUGUAAUUAGAUGAAUAAUGCACUGUUUAUGAUCAUGAUUAGCAAAAUAAGUCUUUAAAAGACAUAAAUAUUAAUUAUUUCACUGUAUUGGCGGCAGAAAGUCAAUCUAAAGAGUAAAAACUGCAAAUUAAAAUCGAUCCUUAGCUUGCACAAUAAAAUACAUUGCAAAAAUAAUUCAAAAGUGUUAGUGUCCGACGCACGUCCGUUUAUUAGUGUGUUGAUGUAAUGUGAAAAGGCAUAACUAGGGCGGGCUCACCGCCAUAUUGUCGGCAAUGGAACGGAGCUACGAUAAGAGGCACAGCAAGCAUCACAAGGAGAAGCACAAGAAGCGCUUGCACAAGAAGUACAGGAGUCACAGCGGUACACACGAAUCAUAUGCUACCAUCAACUCUGUCAAACCUCUGGUGGAGUAUUCCGAUGUGAGCUCAGAGGAGCUCUCGGCCCCGGAGGCGGGCGAGAUCGAGAGCGAGGCGAGCUCUAUAGGGAGGCACAUCGCCGACGACCUAGACCGCACGCGUCGCUCGCACCCGAUCCGAACGUUUGUCGACAACAAGACCAUAUCGGUUACCACGACCAGCCGCCGCGCCGACGACUACAUUCUCACGCAUGAUUCUUCUUCGGCAGCUUCGAGGAAGCGCCGCGGCCUCGAAUAUGUAGAGGAGGCAGAGUUCGAGGACAGAUAUAAGAAGAAGAAAGAGAAGCGGAAGAAAGAUAAGAAAAAGAAGAAGAAGAAGAGUCGGCAUGCGUCUCGGUCUGCGAGUUUGGAGAGCGUGUCGCCCGACGACAAUCUGCCGGCGGAGGCGCAGCGCGUUACUCCGCAGCGGUACGAACAGGUGCCGAUCAGUGAGUGGGAGAAGGCGUCGUCGCCGCUCCGUAACGGCUCAUGCUCGCCGGUGUCGCCGACGACGCCACCGCUGUUGCGCGACAGGCACGACUUGUCGCCGCGACACCGUGCGCCUCUACAUAGAGAACCAUCAUUACACCAUAAUCCGAUGCCUCCCUUUUCUCCACAUCGGGAUAGAUCUCCAAUAGUUGUUAGGCGAAGACAGAAGUCGACAACGCCUCACACUCCGUCGGUACCACCCUACCAUGACACGGUGACGAUAGACUCGGACCCAGAACCCGAGUACGAGCGCAGUCGUAGGGAUUACUGGCACGAGAGGGCGCCUCAAUCGCCUAUCAUGGUUUCAGACUCGCCUGUGCACGAGGUUCGUGGGCGGGAAUACACACCGAAACGGUCUCAUCGGCGUCGCAGCCGCAGUCGCAGUCGCAGUCGUCGGCACCACAGUCGCAAUCGCGAUCGGCAUCGUGAAAUCAAGCCAUCGCAUAGGUCACACAGUCGUAGUUCUUUGAAGCGGCGCCGUUCAGGGUCACGCCGGCGGCGCGGCUCCACUGCGUCACCGCCGCGGCAUCGUCCCAGACACCGCGACACUGACAGAGAUAGAGAUCGGCACAGAACUAAAUAUGAGUCGCCCAGCCCACCGACCACUGUUCUGCAGCGCAAGAUAGACUUCAAGGAGAAGAUCAGCGACACCAGUCUGUUCGCUGAACUGGUCAAAGAUAAACAAAAGAGAGCUAAAAAACUUCAAGAGAUAUUAAGUCAAAAGGAGGAGGAAUCACAGAGUGCUCUGUCGACGAACACUUCCAUAAAUAAUCCAGAGAUCCUCACCAUAGAUGAGCUAUCCAACGCUACUGCAGACAGUUCGACGCAGGCGUCAAGAGAAAACGGCGAGAAUGGGAAAGAGAAAGAGGACGCAAGUAGAGAGAGUAGAGAACAGGUGGUGGAUAUUCCGAUGCCCGGGCCCGAUACCGAUUCAAACCCGUUGCCGCCCAUCCCUGAUACAGCUCCUCCUCCUGUACCCGCUAACGCGCCUGCUCCCGCUCCCGCCACCGCGCCCGCUCCCGCUUCAGCUCCGCUUCCUGCCUCCACACCUGUUACUGAUGUCAACGGUGAAGUGUCUUCUACGGAACUCGCCGAGAAACCUAUGAGUCCAGCGCGACCGCUCGCGACCAGCGGAGCGAGCGUUUCGAGCGGAGCGUUAGCAGCGACCGGCACGAGUGUAGUGGACAGCACUUUCCAACUUCACGCGCAACCACCGCCGCCCAAACCUAGGAGUCUUACCAAACUGCCCAUGCCACCCAAUACACAGGUGGAAGACUUAAAAACAUUAGCAAACGACAGUCCACUGAGCACACCAUCGCCCAGCCCUGUCAAGAAACCAGACAAGCCUGAGAAGAAGCGGACAGGCAUCAUGAACUUACCAAUGCCACCGGUGAUCCCCGGUUCUGAGGAGUUGAGUGGUGAUGAGUUGGACGGGUCCACGCCGCCGCCCGCAUCCCGUCGGGAUCAUUACUCGCACGUGUUCAGUUCCCGUAACGCCGCCAGAGAUAACGCCGGUUGCAAGUUGAAGCGGCCGCGGAUAUUGAAGCGACGCGGUUCAAAAGUGGUGGCGGUGGCGACGCCCGCCCACCACGCCAAGGACUGGGGCGAGAAAUGCGUCGAUGGAUUCCAGGUGAUCACCCAAAUAGGCGAAGGUACAUACGGUCAGGUGUAUAAAGCUCGCGAUAAGAACACCGGUCAGUUGGUGGCGCUCAAGAAGGUGCGAUUGGAAAACGAGAAGGAGGGCUUCCCUAUUACAGCGGUGAGAGAGAUCAAAAUCCUGCGGCAACUCAACCACAAGAACAUCGUCAAUCUGCGGGAGAUCGUCACAGACAAACAGGACGCGAUGGACUUCCGCAAGGACAAAGGCUCGUUUUACUUGGUAUUCGAAUACAUGGAUCACGAUCUGAUGGGACUAUUAGAAUCCAAGAUGGUAGAUUUCACGGAAUCCCACAACGCGUCUAUUAUGCGACAACUGUUGGAUGGACUUGCAUACUGCCACAGGAAGAAUUUCCUACAUCGAGACAUUAAAUGCAGUAAUAUAUUAAUGAAUAACAAGGGCGAAGUGAAGCUCGGGGACUUCGGUUUAGCUCGUCUGUGGUCAGCGGAGGAUCGACAGAGGCCGUAUACGAAUAAGGUCAUCACUCUAUGGUACCGACCGCCUGAACUGUUACUGGGUGAAGAACGAUACGGGCCCGCAGUAGAUGUAUGGUCCAUGGGAUGUAUAUUAGGAGAACUCUUCCUCAAACAUCCGCUUUUCCAGGCCAACGUUGAGAUGAUGCAAUUGGAGAUGAUAUCACGCGUUUGUGGGACUCCGGCGCCGGGCGUUUGGCCCAACGUCGUGAACUUGCCAUUAUGGGGGGCGCUCCGCCCUAAACGAUUCCACAAGAGAUGUGUACGGGAACAGUUCGCCUUUAUGCCUUCCGCCGCCCUAACACUUCUCGACAGGAUGUUGGAAUUAGAUCCUGAUAAAAGAAUUACCGCAGAGGAAGCCCUCAAGAGUCCUUGGCUCAAGAACGUGGUGCCUGAACAAAUGCCUGCGCCGGAGUUGCCCACGUGGCAGGACUGCCACGAGCUGUGGUCGAAGCAGCGGCGGCGGCAGCAGCGCGAGCAGGAGCAGCAGCACCAGCGGCGCCCGCCCGCCGACGAGAAGCCCGACCCGUACGACUACAAGCCCGACCAGUACAAGGCCGACGGGUUCAAGCCCGAGCCCCCGCCGGAGGCCGUCGGCCAGGUCAAGUAG